UAACUAUAUACAUAAUUUUUCUCCCAAGAAUCAGAUUUCUACAAAAGUCAAGACACAUUAAAACACACACAAAAAAAAUGGAUUCCGGAAGCUCACCCCCACGUGAAGAAGACGACGGCUUCUGCUCUAUUUCCGCCUCCGACCGCCAAUACAUCGAAACGCUACUGCAAACCGAGCCCUCCGUUGAAUCCGAAGCCGACGCCGAUUCCGUCUUGACGGAUGCCUGGUGGUUUGAAUCCGAGCGCAAAGACAUCAUCAAAUGGAUUCUUCGAAAAAGGGUUGAAUUUGAAUACUCAGAGCACACCGCGUAUCUAUCAGCUCUCUACUUCGACCGUUUUCUUGCAAGAUAUGAGAUUUCUGAUGUGGAGCAGAGGGUGAUGCUCCGGAUUCUGUCGAUAGCGUGCCUGUCGUUGGCUGCGAAAACAGAGGAGAUCGAGGCGAUGCCGUUGGGAGAGCACGUCGGGGAGAAGAACUACUUGUUUCACUUGAAUUCGAUCAAGAAAGUGGAACUGAAAGUGUUGGUAGCGUUGGCACAUGGUCACCCCUUUCACCUUCUUCAGCUAUUUCGCCGCCGUAUUUAGUGUGAAACGUAGUGAUCGUCAAGAUUUGAUCGGAAAAGCCAACCAUCUCGUUUUAUCAAUUAUGGAAGGUAAGUUGAAUUACAAACACUUUUUUUUUAUUUUUUUUUGUUGAUUGGUGUUUUUUUAAGCAGAUAUUUGAAAACAUACAUUGAUAUUCAUGUUGAAGGAAGCAAAAGCAGACAUAUGCUGGAAAUAGAAAAUAUGGAAAGAUGUUGUAGCUGCAUUGAAUUCAAAUACUGAGAAUGUUACAUAUAUAUAACAUAGCUAAUAACCAUCUAGAACUAGCUCUUAAUCUAUGUACUACACUGUAAUCUCAUACUUAACACAAGUUAAUCAUAACUGAAUCUGAAUCUGAAUCUGAAUCUGCUACAUUGCUUUCGUCAGUGUUCUUUUGAUCAACACGUCUCUCCAAGUACGUUGGUGGUCCCUUGGCAUAGCCGUUGGCUCUGUGGCAGUACUUUCCUUUGGCUGGGAUUGCAUACAAUUAUCUUUCUUUACUUCAUUGUUGAAUGCUUGUGUGUAGAAAUAGAUGAAAUUGCAAAUUUACAUUCAUCAAUUUUAAUUAGUCCAAAUUUACUCCAAGACAUAUUUUCCCUACAUCUUUUCUAUUAGUAAAACAAUAAAAAAAAGUUAGUAAGAUAAAAUCUUAGUAAUGAAAAACCCGAUGCAACACUCCUUUGUUGGCUUCUUCGACUAUGUUUUAGACUAAAUUAAGAUUUAUA